UCGGUGGGGCUGAAGGCAUCCAAACCGUCACCAGCAUGAAUCCGUUUAAGCUGAGCCUCUGCCUGGCCCUUCUGGCCGCCGGCGCCGUCGCAGACACUCGCUCCCACGCCCAUGGAGGAUUCGUAGGACACACAGGACCCUCCCUCGGAGUGGCCCAUGGACACGGCGGUUCCCUUGUGUCUGGACACGGCGGUUCCCUUGUGUCUGGACACGGCGUCUCGCACGGAGGAUCCUUUGGGCGUGGAGUGGGCGGCCACGGAGGGCCGGUGGUCGUAGGACACAGCGUGUCCAGCGGUCCCGUCUACGGCGGCGGCCAUGGCGUCUCCGUCAGCGGAGGCCAUGGCCUCAGUUCUCACGGAGGACUUCGUCCUAGCAUUGGACACAGCAGCGUUUCAAGCGCCAACUUCCACGGCAGCUCCUUUGGCGGACACGGCGUGCACGGAGGCUCGCUCUCGCGCCCUCACAUCGUAUCACGCCCACACGUUGCCUCACGCCCACAUGUCGUCUCACGCCCACACACUAGCUUCUCCACAGGCUUCAGCAGCGGCCACGGAGGCGUCGUUGGACAUCAUGGCGCUCCUAGCUAUGGAAGGCACUGAAUGCAGCGAAGACAAACUUUCCCCUAAUAUAUGAAAAUAAAUGUCUAC